CCCCACUGCGCUUCAUCCACUCUGAAGAGGCAAGAUCCACAGGGAGGUUUGUACUGCAUCAGUCGCUUGAUAUAUGAGAAAAGGUAAUGAUGAAAGUCUUUGGGUCAAUAGUGGGCCUCGCCCUGCUCCUUGUCUCUGCUCAGUGUCUGUUGCCUCCAUCCAAGGACGAUCUAAGCCAGAUUUCCCUCCUUGGAAUGAAGUACCUGGACAAGCAGAUAGAAAAUGCUAUCAGUGGGGUGAAGGAGAUGAAGACAGUGAUGGAGAGGUCUGGAGAGGACCAUGAGAAGUUCCUGAGUACCCUGGAGAAAACUACACAGCAAAAAGAGGAUGCUCUGAAGGCAGCUCAGGAGAUGGAGACGAAGCUGAGUGAGGAGCAGGAGGUGUGUAAUGGCACCAUGCAGUCUCUGUGGGAGGAGUGCAAGCCCUGCCUGAAGAACACCUGUAUCAAGUACUACUCCAGGACCUGCAGCAGUGGCGCUGGACUAGUCGGCAGACAGCUGGAAGAGGUUCUGAACAGGACCUCUCCAUUCUCCAUCUGGAUCAACGGGGAGAACAUGGAUGUUCUGGAGCGAGAGGACCAGGAGCAGAGCUGGAGGUUCCAGAACCUGGAGGAGCGCUACUCCAACGUGGCCGAUGGGGUGGACAGCAUCUUCAUUGACAGCAUGAGGGUGUUUGACCGCAUGCGCUCCCUCAACCCUCCCAUGUUCCCCAGCCCGUACCGCAUGCCCAGCAUCUGGGGUCAGGGUGAGAGAGCCAAUGAGAGAGCAGAGAGGGCAAAGGCGGGCGAGGCGCAUUCCCGUGUGGUCAGGUCCCCUCUGAAGGAUCCAGACUUCCAUGGGUUCCACAACAUGUUCGCUCCCAUGAUGGACAUGGCCUGGAAUAUCUUUGGCUCCAUGGGGCCUUUCAUGGACGCAGAUGCUAACUUUGACAUCAACCCCUCAGAGGAGGGGAGUGUGAAUGAGGAUGUUGUUGUGACAAAGCCUUCCGGUAUGACCUGCAGAGAGAUACGUCGCAAUUCUGCUGGCUGCAUUAAACUGCGAGGAGAGUGUGAAAAAUGUGUAGCGAUCCAGGAUAUUGACUGCUCUGGGAAGAAGCCUCUGACUGGUCCUCUGAAGGAGGAGCUGGAGCAGGCCCUGGCCAUGGCUGAGAAGUUCACCCAGGAGUACAACAAGCAACUGAGGAGGUUUGAGGAGCAGAUGUCUAACACAUCCAGCCUGCUGGACCUGUUCAGCAAGCAGUUUGGCUGGGUGUCUGCCCUGGCCAACAAUACCGACACCAAGGAUGGAAUCUUCAAGAUCGAAACAGUCAUGUCCAAGGACACGGAGGACCCUGAGAAACCAGGGGACACCACCGUGUCUGUGCAGCUGUUUAACACCCCCGCCAUGACCUUCAGUGUGCCUGGAGACAUUACCUGGAACGACCCGAAGUUCUCAGAGGUGGUGGCACAGGAGGCCCUUGACCGCUACAAACAGACAACAGUAGUGGUGAAAUAGACAUCUGAGCGCACCAAUGUUCAGGAUGAUUUCACAAGUCAACUAUAAGAGAAGAGAAUAGAAGUGAAACCUACGUCUUCAACAUUGUUGAUUAUUACAAGUUAUUGUAUUCCUAUAUGUUCUGUGUAACUAGAGUUCAUCCUGCUAUAAAGAACCUAACUAGAAAUGGUGCACCAAAUCCUGUUGUCUUGAGGAGAAAGAAGAAUAUAAGUACUAAUGUUACCCUUUGAGUAAAACUUGCUCACUGCUCCUUGUUUCAAGUGAAUUGGAACUUUUUAUUUUGUACUUUGUGCUCUGUCUGCAUCAUUUCCAAUCCCCCAUAUUGUUUUGUAAAUAUACACACAGUACUAGUCAAAAGUUAGGACACACCUACUCAUUCCAGGGUUUUUUUCUUUUUACUAUUUCCUACAAUCACUGUAGAAUAAUAGAAGACAUCAAAACUAUGAAAUAACACAUAGGGAAUCAUGUAGUAUCAACAACAAAAAAUGUUAAAUCAAAAUAUUUUAUAUUUGAGAUUCUUCAAAGUUGCCACCCUUUGCCUUGACAUUUUCCCCUAACCCCCUCACCUAACUGGAGUAAACUAAUGGACACCACUUAGGCGUCUACUUCCAGCUUAUACACACUACAUACAUUUUGCUAGAGAAAUGUUACAUCAGGGGAGAAGUCAUCUUGUAUGUCAGACUGGAAUGCAUAAAUUGAUAGUGUUACAAAUGUGUGUAUUGCUACAUUUAAGUUCUUCCUUGAGUCAAAUCAGCAAUAAAAAAAAUAGACCUGGAAAAAGGCA